GUCAUAUGACUUCCAUUUCCUGGUCCCGUCCAGCGAGUCAUCUGCAUCAUCCCCAGCGCCUGCCGGACCGUCCUGUUGACUGUUUCCUCUGCUCCGUGUGGCUGAUCUCCCCCUGAACCGUCGACAUGUCCCGGUGUGCUGCAGCAGUCCUGUCCCUGGGGAUCCUAUUCCAACUGUCACAUGGACUCGAGGUGAAUGUCACAAAAGAUGGCAAACUGUGCCUCUACGCAAAUCUGAUGAUCAACUUCUCUGUCUCCUAUGAAGGAAAAGACAACAAGACUCAUACGGCCACGUUUGAACUUCCUCCUACUGCCAAUCCAGAUGACAGUAAAUGUGACGAGACUGCAUCGACGCUGACCUUGAAAUUUGGAGAAGGACACUCCUGGAGUAUGGACUUCAGCAAGAAGGACGCAUUUUACCAGGCAGACAACGUAACCUUUACUUACAACCUCAGUGACUCCACCACCUUCCCAAACUCAGCGUCAAACGAAACUCGUAAUGUGACUGCGAAGCCUCAAAUUACAGAAGUUGUCCAGGACACGUGCUACUCCUGCAGAAGUACAGACACAAUUGAAGCUCCGAUGGUCAACAUGACCCUGUGGAACGUCCUCAUGCAGGCCUUUGUCAUUAAUGGCAGCAAAAGUGGGACCAUAAGCCCUUGUGAUGCCGAUAAAUCGACGACUUCUGCUCCCCCCACUACUCAUGCGACCAACGCCACAACUGUAGCACCUACCACGAACGGCACCACCCCGGCCCCGAUCCCCACCACCACCCCGACACCCACCCUCCCCACACCCAGCGAUGGGACGUACAUGCUUAAGGCUGAUGAGAACAGCACCGCGUGUCUGUUGGCCAACUUUGGCCUGCGGAUUCGUUUCGAGCAAGGAGGACAAUUUCAGGAGAUGAACCUUGAACCUAAUCUUACCAAAGCCUCUGGAUUUUGUGGCGUCAAUAGCAGUGAGCUGGUUUUGGAGUCUGCUGCGAUGACCAUAAAUUUCACAUUCACCAAUGACACAAAGAAAUUCCACCUCCAUGCUCUGAACGUCACAGCAAAGACGGGCUCCGGUGAGUUUACUGACGUGAACACCAACAUGAGUGUGUGGGAGGCGGCUGUCGGCAGCUCUUACAUGUGCAACAAGGAGCAGAACUACACCAUCACCAAGCAGCUCACCCUCUACACCUUCAACCUACGAGUGCAGCCAUUUGGAGUGAAGAAAGGUGGUUUCAGUACAGCCCAUGAAUGUUCAUUGGAUGACACCAGCAUCUUAAUCCCAAUCAUUGUUGGCGCUGCUCUGGCUGGCUUGAUUCUCAUUGUAGUAAUCGCUUACGUGAUUGGUCGAAGAAAGACCUAUGUUGGAUAUCAAACCCUUUAAAUCCAGUUUUUGCAGUUAUUCCUGAAAUGUCAUGGGGUUCCCAAGCCUGGUCCUUGGGCUUCAUAUAGAGUUGUUUAUUGGCAAUUAAAAAAAUAAAAAUCCAAAUUAGAAAAAAAAGUCGUCAAUGGAAAAAUGUGAGAUUUGAUUUUCUAAAUGGAUAGUUCUCAGAAAUAAAAAGAAGAGUUAAUUAUGUGAAUUGUAUUUAACACUCGGGGUCUCCUAUCACAUUUAAUGAGAGCAGUAAAAUUGGCAGAAGGUUUGCUGUUCCUCUCAAGGACCAAACUUGUUCCACCCCUUUGUUUUUCUUUCCUUUUUUGUUUUGUUUCCAUUGUUGUCUUGGCUUUUCCUUUUUUGUUGUGCUUUUGUUAAUGAACAAGUGCAAGAUCCUGAAAAUAAUUUCUUAAAGUGUAGUCACGUGGAAGAUGUUAAAAGAUGUUUAGAGUGCAAUAUGUACAGUGUCCAAGGACAGUAAGACCUGGAUAUUUACAAAAUAAAAACCUUGGAGAUGCCGUGCACAUUUUAAGCACAAGCUUUGGAGCUAUUUAAAUUUAUUAUCAUGGGAUCCUACACUUGUUUAGCGGACAAUUCAAUAUUUUUUUUUCAUUUGCUUUUGUUGUUUUGUUGCACAUUUGUGGUUUAUAAUUUCAUUCCCAUGAUUAUUAAGAUACAUGUUUCAACAGCGUUUCCCUCUCAAAUCAAACAAGAUGGUCGAGAGGCUUUCUUUUCUUUUUUUACUACCAUGGAUGGUAGUCCAUCCCAUUUUGGACAGUUAUCUUUAGGCAUGUGUUUCUGCCUGCCUUUGCCCUUUUAAAUCAAGAGAAACAUUGAACUGUUAUCUUGAUUUUGUGGCUUCAAUCAUAUUUAUAAAUCUGAAAUCAAUCAACAUUUCUUCAUUAACGGACAUCCUAGCAUGUAAAGCAGGUAAAUAGCGGAAGGAGCAAAUGAUGAUAGAGGCUCGUUUAUAUUCCCGGUUAAUUAAAUCCAGGCGUAGAAAAUUUCAUGUGAUGAAGCCAUAUCUAGCAUUAUUAAUCGAACCUGUGUGAUUUCUGCUUUUAUGUUUGCGUAAACUCCAAAGAGAGAGAGAAAGAAAGAGUUAACUGUUUGUUUGUUUUGUUUUGUUUCCCUUUCUUCUCAACGGAUACAUUUUGGCAUUAGGUUUAGAAAAAGGGAUAGUACUAUUGUGUAGAUAUUCACGUUUAGCACAGAGAAAUCUGAAAUGCGGAUAUUUACAUAUAAAUGCACUAAGACACUAUGUUUUGCUUUUUGUCACAAGACCUGUGUAACUGUUUGGGCUUGGCCUUUGCUCUGAGAACCUCGACUAAAUGAGUGGACAUUAAAGAUCCUGAAAACUUCCUUUCAGAUCCUUGAAUCUGUAAAUGUUUUUAACAGAACAAGAAACAAGUCAAGCUUAUAGUUAACCAGCUUCUACUGGUGUAAACGGUAACUUUGGAACGCUUGAAUCAAGGCCACUGAACUUCUUAAAGAAAUACCUUCAAGAACCAAGAAAAAGAUUCCCCAUCGAUUUAAGUCUUUGAGAGUUACCCAGUUUUGACAUGUUGUGAAUUAUUUUACUUUCUUGAAGAGAGAUGGAUAAGAACAUUUAAAAACCACCUUAACUGGUCGCAUGGUUGUAGGUGAAUCAGACCGUAGAUCAACAGGUAAAAUAAGAGCCUUGAUACAGAGUCCAUAUCACAGCAGACGCUGUCGAUCCGCUCGUCAGUUUCCUGCUCAACUCUUCCUCUACUCAUGAACCUGUAAUUUUAUUAUGAAACUUUUUUUUUUAUCUGCGUCACAAUCUCUCUACAAAAAAGCUAAUUUCCCAAAAGAUGAUGCUUUCCACCCCCACCCCCCCAAACAAAAAAAUUCAGGUUAUCAGUCUCUUCAAAACCACGUGCCUGUAGUUUAUCAGAUUUUACACCAGCACAAGUAAACAACCCUGACAACUGUCGGGAGGUCUUGAUCUAAUGAUGAUUGGUGACCUGAGGUUUGUGAAAUAAUCUCAUGAAAUUGGCUGUAGCGGGUUUUGUUUUCCCGUAGAGGCCAAUCUCUCAUCAUAAGAAGCUGAAAAUGUUUUCAGGACCUUUUUUAAGUCAAAGAAUUAGACCAGCUUCCACUGACGCGGUACCAGAGACGGCAACCUACAGACCAUUUAUUGACAUAGUGAUAGAAAGCCAGUGUGGCACACUAGUAGCUGUAUAUUAAAUUUAGCAGAGUGGUUUUUACUGUUUGCGCUGUUCCAGCUGUUGGCAACAGGAUAUGUUUGUUUUGUUUUUUAAGUUGCCGAUGAAAAUUGCUUUCACAGGUCAUUGAACGUGUGUAUGAAUAAUUGCUCUUAAUCAGAUAUAAGCUUUGAUUUUUGCUUGUGAUUAUCGCUGUCUUGUGUUUUGCAGCUUUGUACAAAUUCUGUUGCCUUAAUUAAGAUGGUUUUGCAGCACCAGCAUAAAGACUUUUAUCAGAAUGUUUAAAACGUUAACAUCUAACAUCAUGGCAUAAUAUUACUCAAUAAUAAAAGCUUUGUGCAUUCAGCAACUUACAGAUGCUAGUCUCAUUUGGCUCAGUCUUUUCAUCUCGCUCCACUUGUGGAGAAAAUUGCACACUCAUUUAACAAAGGGAAACUGUGCUGCAGGACCAUAUCCGUUCAUGUGUGUUAUACGGAGACAAAUGAUUGCUGAUUUCAUCUGCAUUUUAUGUGCUGUUAGCAAUAAUAAAUUGGAUUUCAUUGUG